CUACCCUGGUCAGCUGUCAAACUCGCCCAGUCGAAAACAUACCAAACAAGAUGGCAAUUUUCAGCUCCUUGGCUCGUUCCGGGCAAUUUUCGGGCCGUUUGGGAGCCCUUUUGAACAAUCCGGCGCUGCUGCAGGCAGGAAAACAUGCCCUCACCGGUACGCGCCAGAUGUCCGGUGGCCAUGGACCGAAGAACUUUACCAUCACGCCAUCCCGCUUCCAGUGGCACAAGUUCAAGGAUCUGUUCCACUACUACGUUAUGAUCGGGCUGAUCCCGGUCGGUGCGGUCGUGUUCUACGCGAACGUUUUCAUUGGUCCAGCAACGCUCACGGAAACGCCGGCCGACUACACACCCAAGCACUGGGAGUACCAUCGGCAUCCGAUUACGCGCUUUAUCGCGCGGUACAUUCUGCCCAACCCGCAGCAAGAGUACGAAAAGAUGCUGCACCACAUUUACGAAGAGAACGAAAAGGCACAGAUCCGUGCGCUCGAGAAGGAAGUCCGUGCGAAGAUGGCCGAGCGUAACGAUUAUCAGUCGUAUUAUUACCGCCCGGCUAUCGGAAAGUAUCAUCGGGUGGCGAAGGAAGCUGCUGAAAAGCUGGAAUCGCUGCGCGGUGAUUAAGAUGCGAGACGACCCCUAACGAUGUAGAAUAUGUUGUCUAAAUAGACGUAAUGGUGCUGCAGCGAAGCGAA